AUGUGCAUCGAUAUGCCGGCUUGCCGCUCCCACGACAGCCGUAUGCACCGGGAUCCUGAAGCCGCUGGCGAUGAUGGAGGCGUCGCUGUUCCUGUCCCUUGCAUUCCACAAGGCACGCCUGGCCUCAAUAUCGAGGUACUGAAACCGCGCCAUCGCCUUGCCGGUUUGCAGUGUUCCUUGUGGUUGAAGGGAGUCCACGGACGCCUGUUAGGUCUGCGAUUCGGAUCGUUGUAUGUGUCCGCCCCCAAGAAUAAGAUAGGGCUGAUGGCCAAGGAACCCCUUCCCCAGAUAUCCCUUGGUGCUUUUCAUUAA